ACAGCCCUCUGUAAGCCCCAGACAACUUUUGAACAUACAGAGAUCCUCGUUCCAACAGUGAUAUGAUGAACAGUCGCGUAACCGUUGCAGCGGCGGUAGCCACUGUGACCCUAGUAACAGUGUUAAGUUAUACAGUGUUUAUAUCCAAACCAGCUCUUAUACAGCCCCCAUCACUCAAGUUUCAGGGAGAUCUUUGCCCGGCAAGGAACGGCCACAUCCCAGCUAUAAACACUUUCGAUGAACUCAGUUUGGAUGCGGUGCGCAUCAGUUACCGAGAUUAUGGCAGCAACCACGAGAUCCUCUGCAACGUAAUGCUUCGCAUGGGGAAUUUAGGUGACGGAGGCUGGGAGGUGUGUGAUGAUGAGCCUGUCAGGCCCAAACACGACUGUCUGGUCUACUCCUUCGGGAUAAACAACGAUUUUAGUUUUGAUGACAUGAUCGCUAAACAUUAUGGGUGCGAGGUGCACGCAUUUGAUCCAAGCAUGAAAAUGGGGGAUACGCGACGAAGUGAGAAGGUCACCUUCCACCAUUUAGGUGUAUACGGAUCUAACACGGUCAUCAACAAAGGCUGGCCAGUGAAGACGAUAGCCGAAAUAAAACGGAUGUUGGGGACAUGCCAAUGUAGGUUAUGCACGUUAGAGGAAAAGGGCUAAAAAGCUAGCGAACAGGCCACUACGCAUGAAACAGCCAUACAUGUGCAUAACAUCCAAAAUACCACUUAAACAAAAAAGGAGAUAUUCCAGCUCGUGUUUAUAUACUUCUCGAAGAUACAACUUUGUAAAUCUGAAUAAAUAAGGAAAACAACAGACUGGUGAAAUUUGAUCGACUCAUCACAUCCGAUUAGUGAAAGGAAUAUAUCAUACGUACAGCAGAAUUCUACAAAUCGCACGGCUCAGAAAAUUUAGCUGUCAUUUUUGUUUUCAUUCGCUAUUCAAGAUGUCAGAAUAAAUCAAUACCCUGUGAGCAAUAUGCAUUACACUUUACAGGUGAGUUCGGCAGAAGCUUUUUUCGAAAUUUGCCUCUGCACAUUUGACUAAAACUUUUCCAUACCGGUACAUCAUUACCGUUAUCAGAUUUCCUCCGUGUUAUUUUUAAUCCGUUUAUCUCAUUGAAAAUGUUGAAUACAGCUGUGGCUCAUUCACACAGGCUCACUACCCUACACUUUGGGGACUAAUAUGGCUAUUUUGUGUCACAUUCCGUUGUCCUUACUUUCGAGCUGUUUUUAGACUAUACUCUAUUACUGCCUGUUUUCCUCCACCAGUUAACAAAAUUUCAUCCAAAUUGGUACCAAGAUUGUUACUGACAAAUAAAAGUCGAAAAAAACAUAACAGCCCAUUGCUGGAGGUAAUAACAGAGUUUAUGUUUUAUUUGGAAAAGAAUAUCUCUGAAGAGAAUGAGUAUAUCAUGUCGUAUUAUGUUGUCCACGCUAUCCUUGCAUAUAAAAUACUUAAAAUAAAAGUUCUUUUGGUCCUGCAUAACGGUGUACAAAAUUUAACAAUUACUAAAUCUAGAAUCCAAGAAAGCUCUCUCGACUUUGAUUAUUGUAUCGAUAUAUACUGAAAAGGCAUAUAAACUUAAAAGAGAAUUAUUAACGUACAUGUAUUUGUCUUCGCCAGCUGUAGGCUAUUGGUGAAAAAUCCUGUGUUAUGUAUUGCGGUACUUAAUUCUAUGUGAAUAUUAAGGAUAAUAAAUCUUUAUCACUUUGUAGUCGUGGCGUGUGAAAUAUGGUGUUGUUGACUUUCAGAGGCAUAUUGAUGUGAUGAAGAUGGACGUGGAAGGAAGUGAGUGGCCUACCCUUGACACAGCCCUUAGGGAUGGCUCCCUUGACAAUGUGACACAGUUCUUAUUUGAAAUCCAUAACUUUGCAGACGAUAAAUCUUCUAUUACCAGCAAA